GUAGAGAAGCUAACGUCUAUGUGACAUUAGUUGUUAUUGACAGUAACGUAUCGUGUAAUUUGUUUUCAUUAUAAUGUUUUUUUAUAACUAAUUAAUACUUCUAUGCGUUAAGAAAUAUGAGAGUAAACUAGACGUUAAGUAUAAUAUAUAAUCAGUGACAAACAUGGCUCAGCGUUUCCCCGGCAGCGGACCGACUCCCGCUCCGCCGCCAGGCGCCAUGCAACCGCAACAACGCUACCCGGGGCCCGCACAGCCGCAGGGGUCUCCGAUGCCGCCCAGGCCUUACCCAGGACCCAACUUCCCUGCUCGCAGCGGGUUCACGCCGCCGCCGGCGGGCGCGGGGGCGGGCGGCGGGCGCGCGGCGGGCGGCGCGGCGUACGGCGGCGGCCCCGCGCCCGCGCCGCGCCCCGCGCCCGCGCCCGCGCCCGCCAAGCGCCCGCCCGACGCGCGGCCGCCGCACAAGCCGCUGUACAGCGCCGACGCGUACGGCGGCGCGGCGCCGGGCGCGGCCCCCAAGCGCAAGAAGCGGCUGGCGGACAAGAUCCUGCCGCAGAAGGUGCGCGACCUGGUGCCGGAGUCACAGGCCUACAUGGACCUGCUCGCCUUCGAGCGUAAGCUGGACGCCACCAUCAUGCGCAAGCGCCUCGACAUACAGGAGGCGCUCAAGCGACCCAUGAAGCAGAAGAGGAAACUCCGAAUAUUCAUUUCUAAUACCUUCUACCCGGGUCAGGGCGACAACGCCGUGCCGUCGUGGGAGCUGCGCGUCGAGGGCCGGCUGCUCGACGAUACCAAGAACGAUCCCAAUAAAGUGUUGCAGGUGAAGCGCAAGUUCUCGUCGUUCUUCAAGUCGCUGGUGAUCGAGCUAGACAAGGAGCUGUACGGGCCUGACAACCACCUGGUGGAGUGGCACCGCACGCUGACCACGCAGGAGACGGACGGCUUCCAGGUGAAGCGGCCGGGGUACAAGAACGUGCGCUGCACCAUCCUGCUGCUGCUGGACUACCAGCCGCUGCAGUUCAAGCUGGACCAGCGCCUGGCGCGGCUGCUGGGAGUGCACACGCAGACGCGGCCCGUCAUCGUCAACGCGCUGUGGCAGUACGUCAAGACGCAUCGCCUGCAGGACCCGCACGAGCGCGAGUACGUCGCCUGCGACAAGUACCUCGAGCAGAUCUUCGGCGCCGCCCGCAUGAAGCUGGCCGAGGUGCCGGGCCGCCUGGGGGCGUUGCUGCACCCGCCCGACCCCAUCGUCAUCAACCACGUCAUCGCCGUCGAGCCGCCGCACGACACCAAGCAGACCGCCUGCUACGACAUCGACGUCGAGGUUGACGAUACGCUCAAGUCGCAAAUGAACAACUUCCUGUUGAGCACGGCCAACCAGCAGGAGAUCCAGGGGCUCGACUCGAAGAUCCACGAGACGGUGGACACCAUCAACCAGUUGAAGACGAAUCGCGAGUUCUUCCUGAGCUUCAGCAUGGACCCGCAGCAGUUCAUCCAGAAGUGGCUGGUGUCGCAGUCGCGUGACCUGAAGAGCAUGGGCGGCGCGGGCGCGGGCGGCGCGGAGGAGGAGCGGCUGGGCGCGUUCUACGCGCAGGCGUGGGCCGGCGAGGGCGUGGCGCGCUACCUCACGGCGCGAGUGGCGCAGCGCCGCCGCGACCUCGAGCACGCGCUGCAGCCGCACCCGCCGCCGCACCCGCACCUGCAGCGCCUGUAGCCGCGCCUGCACCUGCAGCGCCAGGGUCUACGGCAUCUCUAGUGGCUCCCUAAUUAAAUCUCGUAUAUUCUCUCCA